CAUGAAAUUAAAAAAGGGCCCUUCUUGGCCACAUUCUAUCGUGUUCACUUUGUGGCCUCCAAGCGGAUACGUUGAGUCCAAUGUCACCUAAGAAAAGCAGCAUAUUACGAGCACAGUCCAACCCUCUCAACCCCCAGAGACAGAGAGAUGGAUUCUUCGACUCCAGCAUUCAUCCCUAUCCACACCCGGCAGCCGCAUCAUAGUGAAAAUGACUUCAUGAGUUAUUCGGAUUCGGCCUACGGGUCAGCUAGCGAAUCAUGUAACCCGGCAACUCACGACGUUAGUCGUGUUAGCUACCAUGUCAGGCAUCUUGAAACCUUUGCUCAAGCCCUCGAAGAUUCGGCCAAUCGGGCAUUUCCCACCACCUCGUCUUCACAGCAAAGGUACACUAAAGUCCAAGCUCUAUUUCUACAUUGGGCCUGUGACGACUUGUUUGUGUUGCCCGAGCUGGAGGAUCUGGAAAAAUGUUUCCGAGAAGACUACCGUUACGACACCGAUAUCUUCGCCAUCCCAACCGAGAACUCCCAUCUCGAACUGAUGCUCAAGAUUGGCGACAUGAUAAAACAACAUGAGGACAAGAAGACCCUCUUCAUUGUCUACUACGGUGGUCAUGCCCGGAUUGACGAUUCGCGCCAGAGUACGUGGUGUGCGACACGGAAUCUGAACUCCCCAUGGCUGCAGUGGUCCGCAAUCCAGACACUCCUCGAAAGAUCCCCCUCCGAUGUCUUGAUUCUUCUUGACUGCUGCGCAGGGGCAGCUAGUGCCACCUUCUCAAGUGGCCAAAGCAUAACUGAAACCAUUUCAGCAUCAACGUGGGAUGCUAUUGCCCCUAACCCAGGCCGAUACUCUUUCACCAAUGCCUUGAUUGAAGUCCUUCAGGAAUGGCGGCACAGAACCUUCUCGGCUGCAAUGUUACAUGCCGAGAUUCUCGCACGUCUGAAACAUCCCAGGCCAGUUCUGAUCAACGGCAAACACUUUGAAUCCAGGUCUACGCCUGUGCAUUUCAUGAUGACGUCCAACCACAAAGCACCGAGUAUAGAGAUUGGCCGACUUGUUCCGGAUUCCAGACGCUCACUAUCACCGUAUCAGCAGCAGCAUGUCGUUACCAGUCCACAACAAGACGACUGGCCGUUGUCACCACGAUCAACAUAUCCAUAUCUCCCUGGCAUGUCUGCUCCGAUGAUUGGCGAGCCAAACGAAGACGAGCCUCACGUCAUGAUCUCAUUAGCCCUUGAAGGUGACCAGCGAUUGGACUUCAGUGCUUGGGAGCAGUGGUUAGCCGGCUUCCCAGCCAUCGCCAAGUACGUCAAAGUCCAAGGAGUCUUCAAAAGCCAUUCAACAUUGCUACUACUUUCUUUGCCUGUCAUGAUUUGGGAUCUUCUUCCGGAUGACCCAGCGUGUUCCUUCAUAGCGUUCAUCAGGUCCAACAAUCUGUGCCGUGAACUGGGCACAACAAAAUCGCCGCACGAAAACGAGGUGACUGCCAGGAACGAAGAAGAUGAGCAGCAGGCGAUGGAUGCUGAUACAGAGUCAUUGAUGUCCGAGAUGGCUACGAACUACCCUGGAGACACCCAUCGAAUUGAUGUUCAAGCAGGUACGUACGGACAAUCUGCAAAUUUCGUAACACGCGAAACGCCACAACCCAGCCAGGAACCACCCUCUCGGCCAAAGGUGCUUAGUUAUAUGGGGGAACAGCUGACGCGGUCUGUCAGGUCACCAUCGCCUGGCCCUGCUCUGGCUAGUUCACCGGACUUGUCGACCGCAUCCUUUAGUACUGUUUCGUUGACAAUGGCCACCGAUGAUGUAGCAAGCACACCAGUUUGGCCACCGGAGCAAAUUGGCGACCCUACAGAUCAGGCCCGAGACUUGACUCGAGAGGCGAUUGCUCACUUGGAGGACUGUUUUCGGAAGGACCCGCAGCCGAGUGAAACAAUCAUCGACGUUCUUGCUUUCACUCUCAAUGUGCAUCCAAAUAAAAUCAAAGUCUGGUUUGACCAGCGCCGGCAGCAUGAGCAAACAACCCUCAACCUCCAGGGUCUUCAUUACCGCAGCUCAACAGACCAGACUCCUGCCACCAAAGAAGGCAGUGCUCGCAUGAUCCUUCCAGGCCACCUCAACACGAUUCUCACCAUCUACCCCCACCGAGGCGCUGUCCUUUUACUCGAUCUCCGCUCCUCCACCUCCUUUGAAAAGUCCCACAUCUCCUCCGCCAUCAACCUCCGCUGCCCCGUCUCCUUCAUUCAGCAUGCCUCCCUCGAGAUGAUCGAAGACACCUUCACCGACGUCUCAUCUCGCCAAUCCUUCAACCGCUGGUACCAGUCCCGCUGUGUAGUGCUGUAUGACAGCCGCAUAGAAUUUGACUGGGAAUGCCCCAUUGCCAACGCACUGCUAACCAAAUUCCGCGGAAAUGGCUGGAAGGGCCAGUGUUUUAUCUUGAAGGGCCACUAUAGGGAGUUUGCUGAUAGUUUUGACAAGUGGAUCACCGGCAAAGGGAAGAGUACCGCCGAAUUCAGUUCGGGGAAGUUGCUCGAGAGCGAGACAUCAUAUUAUAACGAUGUAGCUGAGGAAGAAGAACAGAGACAGAGGAGAGAUAGGGAGUACGAGGGGUGGCUUAAGGAGUUUGACGAGAGUGGCGAAGGGCUUGGAGGGAGGCGGAUCACCGAGCUGGGCCCGGUUAAGAGAGAGGAGAGGGCCCGGGCCGUUGCUCAGAGACAGAUAGAGCUAGAGAGGGAACUGGAGGCAAGAUUUCCGGCGUUGUGGAGGAAGGUAGUGGCCAUUCGGGGCCAAUGUGAAGGGCGUGCUGGUGAUGAGGGCGAGUCACUUUACAGCCGACAUAGAGGGGGCCCACCAACUACUAUUCAAACCGACGAAAUCGGUGAUGGGUCUGUUUCCCCUCCUCAAUCACCACCUCCUCCGCCAUUUAGCCCAAUCGCAGACAUGUCGGUACAAGCUUCUAGCAGCGGCCAAUUCCCAAUGUACGACAAAGCACAACUGGUGGAGCCCUUGGUCAGUGGUCUGCAAAAAAUGCGUGAAGCAAGUGGCUUGAGCUUAGGUCUGAUGAGUCAAGACCCAGCCUUCGCUAUGAGUUCUUCCGGUCAUUCUCAGUACGCUGGUGAUAGGGGACUCGGCUCUACAUCACACGCAUACGCCCCGGAAAAGUCUGGCUCCUAUGACCAAGGAGGUUCGACGGAUGGCUGCAUUAACAACUCUGAUGGGGUGGUCGAUCCAGUUUCUGAAAGUUGGCAAGGAUUUAGUGGCGGCAUGGAAAUGGCUAGUGGGACGGUGUCGCCGAUGCCGCCGGAGUGGCAGGAUGACAGUGUGGUGAGUAGCUAUGGAGGAGCUGGUGAGACGGCUACGGAGGGUGAGAGGAGAGAUGCGAAAAAGAUGAAGAAGAGGACGCAGUUGCUUUUCUGGGAAAGGUUAAGGGGCGGCGGAUGAUGGAGGCGAAAGAACGUUUUUCUUUCUGUUUGUGUGCUGAAAGAGAUUUUUGUUGGGUGCCGUUUGUAGGUAGUCAAAUGUGUUGGUUCAGUUCAUGUCAGCCGACUUCAAGUGUUGUUACUAUUCUAUGCAUUCAUCCUACAAAUCCAGCUCAGUAUGAUUCCUCC